UAUUGCUGAACUUUAGUGGUAUUAUCAGUCCUUAUUAAUUCUUUUCAUGGAAGAAAAUAUCUCAAAAUCAAUUUUAUUACUGAGGUGAAUGGCUUGGAAGAUUACUCCAGUCAAUGGUUCUACAGCUGAAGAAGUUGAGCUUAUUGCUACUCAUGUUGAAUCUUUUCAGCCUUCAAUCUCCAUUGCCGGUCUCGAACCCAGAGGUCUCUCUAAACGUAAAUCUUGAAUCUCCAUCUUCAAAGUUCAAAGACACAGAGAAAACCAGCGAAAACGAAAAAUCUAUGAAACAAGACAAAUAUGAGUUGGAAAACCAACGCUGUCCACCUAUGAAGAACAUAGGAGUAAAUAAACGUUUAGUUAAUGAAUAUGGGGAUGACGUAGAGAAAAUCCAGUACUACAAACCGAUUAAUGAAGAAGCAAAAGAAAAUAUUCCAGUAGCACAGUCAAGGAAUGAUCAUACAAAGAAUGAAUUGGGCAAACAAGUCAAAAGUACCAAUAGCAACCCUGUAAAUGCAGUUGUUGGAAGACCACUAAGAGCAUCGAUAAUUGUUAACGGUAAUGGCAAUAGUGAAGAAGAAGAAGAAGCUAACACUUUUACAGACCACAGUCAGACCUCAAAUAGGCUCAGAAAAGAAACAGAUGGAAAAGGAGACGUGCAAAGAUUCGACUCUUUUCAACGAAUAGAAAGAUCUGAUCGUCAAAAAUCCGUAGAGAGCCACGGAUUGAGCAACGAAGCUCUUAAUACCAUCAAGAAGAUUAACCCUUUUACUAUUGGAGAUCAGGUUGCACAGAUGAUACGAAAUCAAAAGUGCUGCUUGAAAGAAGGUGUGAAAGAAAAAUCAACUUCCAGUAGAGUUUCAAGUAACUUGCAGCAUGAAGACCCAGUAGGUUUCCAGCAAGAAAGGGACGAAAUUUUGAAGCAACCUUUGGCAAAUGAGGAGAAACAACAUUCAUAUGAGGCUCAACUGGUUUACGAUAAGCAGCAUCCAAGUAAGAAAUUAGCUCACAAUGAUCAGCGUUCUGGCAACAACAAAAAACCAUCGUCACAUGAACAAAAACAAUUCUACGACAUACAACAACCUCCAAGGAUUGUGCAUAAACCAAACCCUAGCAAUGAUUAUGGGUUCUCUGUCAUAAUAAAGGCUGGCGAAUCCCUGAAUUCAGAAAUAGGUAAAGCUACAAAGGAACUUGAAAUAGAUGGUGUGAAACUCAAGGAUAAAGUUAAAGCUACCAAUGUUGAUGGGAAAAAUGAAUUUAAAGAACAACGUGAAGUAGACUCUAACAAUACGGACAGCAAUGAAGAAAGUUUUCAUAGCAAAGGACUAUGGAUAGAAAAAAGUCCGAAUGCAAACGUUGGGUUUCCAGUGUAUGACCAGGAUUUAGCUUUCGAGCCGGACCCUUUUAACGGACUAUUGGACCAAAACUAUUUGACUAACACUAUAAAUAAUGUAAGCAUGUUGUAUAAUGGACCUUCGGCAAUCCCCUUUCACAAAAUCCAAGCGAGGGCCGUCCAAAAAAACAGUGAGAGACAUAAUAAACAAACCAGCAAGGAUGGAAACGGAAACGUGACACCGUUUGCUGAUGUGAAAAGAAGCAAAAAUAAAACACAAAAAACCUUCCUUAGUAAAAUUACAACCAAAGUACCAACACCCUCAAAAUUGACUACAACAACUUUAGAAGAAUUUGAUUUAGAUGAUACUACUUCAGAAGUCUCUACCUUUUCAUCUUCAUCGUCUCUUGAAGAUGAUUCAUCUGAUAUCGAGCAGUUCAGUGAUUUAAAGAUUGAUUUGAACAAAACCUCUUGCAUAUCUUAUAAAGAACCAGGUAAAAACCUAAAUUCCACAAGAAUAAACUAUGAGGAAAACAAAUGCUAAUUGUACUUGGUACUCUCAUUAAGCUUGUGUACACAUUUAGCGCAUUAAAAGCUUUAUGAAGCAAUUAAAAUAAUAACAAA